GGAACUUGCGGAGAUUCGAUUUGUCAUCCAUUUUUUCUCUGGCAGCGGCUCUCCCUUUCGCCGCUAUCACCCACCACCCCCGCGUCUGCAACCAGGUGGGGUGGGUUUGUUUACGUCUGUUUUACGCCGACUGAGCGAAGGUACAUAGCGAGCAGAGUGGCUUUGCGAGAUUGGAAUCAAGCCCUACAGUAAAUCUACUGUUACUGGUCGAGUUGGCAGAGUGGUGAGAGCCGAACGGAAAUGGCGCAGGAGAAGAUUACACUGGCCGAUGCGCUUUCCAACGUGGAAGUGCUGGACGAGUUGCCUCUGCCGGAUGAACAGCCCUGUAUCGAAGCGCAACCGUGCUCGGUGGUUUAUCAGGCAAAUUUUGACACCAACUUUGAGGAUCGGAAUGGAUUCGUCACGGGAAUUGCCAAGUACAUCGAGGAAGCGACGACCCAUGCAAAUUUGAAUCAACUGCUGGACGAAGGUCAGAAGCACGCGGUCAUGCUGUACACCUGGAGAUGUUGCUCUCGAGCGAUCCCGCAGCCCAAAUCCAACGAGCAACCGAAUCGGGUGGAAAUCUACGAAAAGACAGUGGAAGUGCUGGCACCGGAGGUCAAAAAGCUGCUCAAUUUCAUGUACUUCCAACGCAAGGCCAUCGAGGCGUUUUCCGGCGAGGUCAAGCGAUUGUGCCACGCCGAAAAGCGCAAGGAUUUCGUCUCGGAGGCCUACCUUCUGACGUUGGGCAAGUUCAUCAACAUGUUUGCCGUGCUGGACGAGCUGAAGAACAUGAAAUCCAGCGUCAAGAACGAUUACAGUACCUAUCGGCGGGCGGCACAGUUUCUCAAAGUGAUGAGCGACUCGCAUACCCUGCAGGAAUCGCAAAAUUUGUCCAUGUUCCUGGCCACGCAGAAUAAGAUCCGUGACACGGUCAAGGACACGCUGGAGAAGAUCAUGGGCUACGAGGAGCUGCUCUCGGAUGUGGUCAACAUUUGCGUGCACAUGUACGAAUCGAAGAUGUACAUGACCCCGGAGGAGAAACACAUGCUCGUCAAGGUGAUGGGUUUCGGAUUGUUCUUGAUGGAUUCGGAAAUCUGCAACAUUAACAAGUUGGAUACGAAGAAGAAGCUGCGGCUGGAUAGAAUCGAUCGGAUAUUCAAGAAUCUGGAGGUGGUGCCGCUGUUCGGCGAUAUGCAGAUUGCCCCAUUCAACUACAUCAAGCGCAGUAAGCAUUUCGAUCCGAGCAAGUGGCCGCUGUCCAGCUCGCAGGCUAUCAGUCCGCAGGCAGACUUGAUGGUGCAUUUGCCCACGAUUCGGGAGGAUCACGUCAAGUACAUUUCGGAGCUGUCGCGGUAUAGCAACGAAGUUACGACGACCUAUAAGGAUAACGCAACGGAUGCAGAAAACAAAGCUACAGCUGAUCUAGCGCUAAGAGGCCUGCAGUUACUCUCCGAGUGGACAUCGGUCGUCACGGAAUUGUACUCGUGGAAGUUGCUGCACCCCACAGAUCACCACCAGAACAAAGAAUGCCCAGUAGAAGCCGAGGAGUACGAACGGGCCACCCGCUACAACUAUUCCGAUGACGAGAAGUUCGCCCUCAUCGAGGUGAUCGCCAUGAUCAAGGGCCUUCAGGUGCUGAUGGCGCGAAUCGAGACUGUCCUUUGCGAAGCAAUCCGCCGCAGUAUCUAUGCCGAGUUGCAGGACUUUGUGCAGCUGAUGUUGCGUGAACCGCUGCGAAAGGCGGUCAAGAACAAGAAAGACUUGAUCCGAUCGAUCAUCAUGUCGGUGCGGGAAACGUGCGCCGAUUGGCAAAAGGGAACGGAGCCUUCACAGGAUCCGGCACUUAAGGGUAAGAAGGAUCCGGACGGAGGAUUCCCAAUCAGUGUUCCGCGGUUGAAUGUGGGCCCGUCGUCCACCCAGCUGUACAUGGUGCGCACGAUGUUGGAAUCGUUGAUCGCUGAUAAGUCAGGAGGCAAGAGAACUCUACGGAAAGACAUCGAUGGAGCUUGUUUGCUGCAGAUCGAUGCUUUUCACAAGCUUUCGUUCUACUGGACGUUCCUGUUGAGCUUUAGCGAGACUCUGCAAAAGUGCUGCGACUUGUCUCAGCUAUGGUACCGUGAAUUCUACUUGGAGAUGACCAUGGGGCGUAAAGUCAAUAAAUGUACCGUUCGUCACCAGCACAACGAGGAGUGCAAUGAUCUCAUCACGAUGGAAAAACGCAUCCAGUUCCCGAUCGAGAUGUCAAUGCCCUGGAUUCUAACCGAUCACAUUCUCCGCACGAAGGAGCCCUCCAUGAUGGAGUACGUGCUGUAUCCGCUAGAUCUCUACAACGAUUCAGCCCUGUACGCUUUGACCAUCUUCCGGAAGCAGUUCUUGUACGAUGAAGUGGAGGCUGAAGUCAACCUGUGCUUCGAUCAGUUCGUGUACAAACUGAGCGAACAGGUCUUCGCUCACUACAAGCAGCUGGCCGGAAGCAUCUAUCUGGACAAACGAUUCCGCGUUGAAUGCGAAGUGCUUGGUAUCAACUUCCAAUCUCACCCGAGGAACAAUCGCUACGAGACUCUUCUCAAGCAGCGGCACGUUCAGUUACUCGGUCGCUCGAUCGAUUUGAACAAACUCAUAACCCAGCGAAUCAACGCCGAUAUGCAGAAGAGUUUGGAGUUGGCGAUCUGCCGCUUCGAAGCCAGCGACAUAACCGGAGUCGUCGAACUGGAAGCGCUGCUUGCAGUUAACAAGCUCUGCCACAAACUUCUCUCCCGAUUCCUUGCCCUGGACGACUUUGACGCCAUGCUGAAGGAAGCCAACCACAACGUUCUUGCCCCGUACGGCCGGAUCACGCUGCAUGUUUUUGUCGAACUGAAUUACGAUUUCCUCUCGAACUACUGUUACAAUGCCGCCACAAAUCGCUUCGUUCGCAGCAAGCUUCAAAUCCCAUUUUCCGGGGCCAUCACUCGCGAGAAGGCUCCCGUCAUGUCCCACUACUAUCUGUGGGGCUCUAAACCCCUGAACGCGGCUUUCUCCACUCAGUAUGGCCAGUACACGGGCUUCGUCGGGUCGUUCCACUUCCACGCCAUGUGCCGGCUGCUGGGAUACCAAGGAAUCGCCGUCGUGAUGGAGAUCAUCCUCAAGGACAUCGUCAAACCGCUGAUCCAGGGCAAUUUGCUCCAGUUCACCAAAACUCUGAUGUCCGCGAUGCCAAAAUCGUGCAAGCUUCCCCGGUGCGACUACGGAUCGCCGGGAGUGCUCAGCUAUUACCAGGCGCACCUGGUCGACAUCGUGCAGUAUCCGGAUGCGAAAACCGAACUGUUUCAGCUGUUCCGUGAGUUGGGCAAUUCGCUGCUGUUCUGUCUGUUGAUCGAGCAGGCCCUUUCGCAGGAGGAGGUGUGCGAUCUGCUGCACGCGGCACCAUUCCAGAACAUCUUGCCGAGACCGUACUGCAAGGAGGGCGAAAAACCGGAAACCAAGCAGAAGCGACUGGAGACGAAGUACUCAUCGCUGCAGAUUGUGCCGAACAUCGAGAAGCUGGGAACGGCCAAGCAAGCGAUGAUCGCCCGCGAAGGUGACCUCCUGACUCGGGAACGGCUAUGCUGCGGACUCAGCAUCUUCGAAGUCAUCCUCGGCCGCGUCAAAUCAUUCCUGGACGAUCCGGUGUGGGCUGGUCCUCCGCCGGUCAACGGCGUGAUGCACAUUGACGAGUGCUCCGAGUUCCACCGGCUUUGGUCGGCGCUUCAGUUCGUGUAUUGCUUCCCGGUGGCCGGAACCGAGUAUACCGUGGAAGAACUGUUCGGAGAGGGACUUCACUGGGCCGGUUGUGCAAUCAUUGUUCUUCUGAAUCAACAGCGAAAGUUCGAAGCGCUGGACUUCUGCUAUCACAUUUUACGCGUGCAACGCGUCGACGGCAAGGACGAUACCGUGAAGGGAAUUAACUUGAAACGCAUGGUCGACCGGAUCCGGCGCUUCCAGGUGCUCAACUCGCAAAUCUUUGCGAUCCUGAACAAGUAUCUGAAGAGCAACGACCUGGAGGGUUCCAAUGUGGAGCACGUGCGGUGUUUCCCGCCGCCGCCGCAUCCGACGGUCGUCCCGUCGCACUACCACGACCCGAACAAACUGCGGGCGCAGUAAGCAUCCGCGAUUCGUUCCCAGCUAGGUAGUAGUAGUAGUAGUACCACGUAUAUUCCAGUAAGCUAAAUGACUAAGCUCCAAUCCAAUGAAAAUCGAGUCUAAUGCGAAAA